UGUGUGCGUGUGUGUGCGUGUGUGUGUGCGUGUGUGUGUGUGUGUGCGUGUGUGUGCAGGGUGGAUGAUUUCGGUCUCGGCCUCCUCCUGAAGACGAAGCAGAUAAAGCGGAUGAUUUCGUCCUACGUUGGAGAGAAUGUGGAGUUUGAGAGACAGUACCUGUCCGGAGAACUGGAGGUGGAGCUAACUCCACAGGGAACUCUGGCCGAGCGGAUCCGGGCCGGAGGAGCAGGAAUCCCCGCCUUCUUCACCGCCACAGGAUACGGCACGUUAAUCCAGGAGGGAGGAUCACCCAUUAAAUACAACUCUGACGGCUCCAUCGCCAUCGCCAGCCAACCCCGAGAGGUGCGUGAGUUUGGAGGGCGACACUUUGUGAUGGAGGAGGCGAUUACAGGAGAUUUCGCUCUGGUGAAAGCGUGGAAAGCGGAUAGAGCGGGAAACAUCAUCUUCAGAAAAACUGCCAGAAACUUCAACCAGCCCAUGUGUAAAGCAGCCAAGAUCACCGUCGUGGAGGUAGAGGAAAUCGUGGACGUGGGGACGUUUGCAGAAGAAGACAUUCACAUUCCCAGCAUUUACGUUCACCGCAUUGUGAAGGGUGAUCAUUACGAGAAACGGAUUGAGAAGCGUACAGUAAAGAAGGCGCAGGUGGAGAAACCCAAACCGAAGAAGGACUCGGACAUCGUGAGGGAGCGAAUCAUUCGCAGAGCAGCGCUGGAGUUUGAGGACGGCAUGUUCGCUAAUCUGGGAAUCGGAAUUCCGAUGUUGGCGAGUAACUUCAUCAAACCUGAUAUCACCGUCUACCUGCAGAGUGAAAACGGCAUUCUGGGAUUGGGUCCGUACCCUACAGAGGAGGAAGUGGAUGCGGAUCUCAUUAACGCCGGGAAGGAGACGGUGACGGUUCUCCCCGGAGCAUCGUACUUCUCCAGUGAUGAGUCCUUCUCCAUGAUCAGAGGUGGACACAUUAACCUGACGAUGUUGGGAGCAAUGCAGGUGUCCAGAUACGGAGACUUGGCGAACUGGAUGAUCCCCGGUAAGAUGGUGAAGGGAAUGGGAGGAGCGAUGGAUCUGGUGGCCAGCGCUGGGACUAAAGUGGUGGUGACGAUGGAGCACUCGGCCAAGGGAGGGAAACACAAGAUCCUGGAGAAGUGCAGUCUGCCCCUGACCGGGAAACAGUGUGUGGAUCGCAUCAUCACUGAGAAGGCCGUGUUUGAUGUGGAUAAGGAUAAAGGGCUGACGCUGAUCGAGGUGUGGGCGGGGCUUACGCCUGAUGACAUCAGGAAGUGUACAGGAACUGAUUUCGAGGUUUCUCCUGACCUGAAGCCGAUGCAGCAGAUCUGAACACACACUCACACACACACACACACUCAUACACACACUCACACACACUCACACACAGAGACACACACACACACUCACACACACACACACACACACACUCACACACACACACUCACACACACACACACACACACACACACUUAUAUACACUCACACACACACACUCACACACACUCAUACACACACAUUCAUACACACUCACACACACUCAUACACACACACUCAUACACACUCACACUCACACACACACACACACACACUUAUAUACACUCACACACACACACUCAUACACACUCACACACACUCAUACACACACACUCAUACACACUCACACACACACACACACACACACACUCACACACACACACUCACACACACACACACUGAAACACACACACACACACACACACACACACACACACACACAGAACAAUGGGUGUCUGAAAAGUCAAUCAGUAAAUGUAGGAGUAAAGGAAAUAGAAUAAAUCUACAGUGAAAUGAGAAACAGUGAAUUGCGUUAAGUGCGUUAAGUGUGUAAAGUGUGUUAAGGGUGUAAAGUGUGUAAAGUGUGUUAAGGGUGUUAAGUGUGUUAAGGGUGUUAAGUGUGUAAAGGGUGUAAAGUGUUAAGUGAAGUUUUGCUGUAGAUCAUGAAGUCUGCACUCGCACAAUCUGAAGUUACUGAAUCUGAAAACAGAAAACGCUGAUGACAAAAUGUAAAGAUUUUCAAAUCUCUCUGUAGCAUUUCUCUAUAGAAUAUAAUAAUAAUAAUAACAAUAAUAACAAUAAUAAUAAUAAUAAUAAUGAUGAUGAUGAUGAUGAUGAUGAUUAUCGGUGUGUGUUUAGUCAGAAACCUGCAGCUCGUCCCUCAGGUUCGGGUUUAACACACUUCAAUUUUCUAAUAAUAAAAAAACGUUACUGAUGUUUGUACAUAAUAAAGGAUUUUAUCUCUGCA